AUUUAGUGUAGAUUAAGCCUGCAUGCUGCAAGAACCCGGCCGGCGAAUGCAGCAAUAGCCACCCAGCUGGUGGCGGUCCGUCGUUGAGCAGCACGCACGCACGCACAGUACUGAUCCCUUCUCCGAAUCAUCAACCAAUAAUGGGCGGAGGAAGGGAGCUCGCCGCCGGCCGUUAUUUCCCCCUGCAACGGCGGCGGUCGUCUAGUCGUCGCCGUCCUCUUCUCGUCAUCCUACUGCUCGCCGUCGUCGCCAGCGGUCAAGCAUCCGCCGCCUCUGGCAGCAUCUUCGGCGGCGACUCGGCGUCAUCGGAGUGCAGCCGAGCGUGCGAGUCCCAGCGCUGCACGGCGCCGCUGAUGCGCUACGGCAAGUACUGCGGCGUGUCCUACACGGGGUGCCCCGGCGAGGCCCCCUGCGACGCCCUCGACGCCUGCUGCAUGCUCCACGACGCCUGCGUCCAGGCCACGGACAACGACUACCUCAACAUGUGGUGCAACCAGAGCCUGCUGGACUGCGUGGCCGCAGCCAGGCCUACGGCGAUGGCGGACACGUUCGAGGGGAACCGGUGCAACGUCACGGACGUCGCCGACGAGAUCACCGCCAUCGUGGAGGCCGCCGUGUACGCCAGGGGCAUCCUGCACAAGCCCUAGCAGUAGCCUGGACCAGUAAGCUCGAUGGUGGAUGGAGCGACCGGCGGCUGGCCUAUACAAGUUUGGUGGGGUGGUGGAUUCUGUGUUGGAUCUUGGAUGGUGGUUCAUGGCUUGUCGCAGGCGAAGUCCACGUCUUUGACGUACAUAUAUAUAUAUUAGUUCCUGAGUUUACACGGCCUGGAAAAGUGUACAGACCUCAAUAAAGUACUGUCAAUAUAUGUCCUUGGGAGGGUAGUUCAGACA